CGCGCGAUCAGAGUAUACUGUAACCACUGUACUUCGUACAGAAGCUUCAGAAGCGACUGCGAACCGCAGGGGCUUCCGUGCUGUCGCCAUAGCGGUCUGCUUCAGAUGAGUUGUGCGUGCACGUGCGUGGAAAGUGGUGAUUCAAGUUAAACCGAGCGAACGUCGGAGCCAUGGCUUGUGCCGCAGAGAAAGACCAAGGCGCCACACUUACCGGUUUCGCCAGAAUCCUCGCUAAUACGGAUGCUGGUGUUUUCGGCAGCGCGGACGAUGUCCUCGCCAUCUUCAAUACGACCGACGAGGAGUUCUGCAACGGCAGCACCACAUGUCUCAGUGCCGUCUGCACAUUCGAAGAAAAGUCUUCGUGUUGGGCGGUCGAUCGUCAAGUAGUUUGGAACAGGUUGUUCAACCCUCGCGGCGUUGAGAUGAUCCAGCUGCAGAAAGGAAGGCUUCACUUUCGUACUUUGAACGUCAAUCCAGAGGACUUGAUCACGAUUGGUGAGGUCAAGUUCCUCUGUUUGUACCUAUGGCUUCUGCGACAGCAUCGAUGCAUCUCAGGAGUCGUCCUGUCCAUUCCCGUUCUGGCACCGAGGCAUGCGGGUCUGUUCGUGUCACUGCUGAGGCUCACGAAAUACGUGCAAAAGUGUGAGAUAGACGGUAGCGAUGCAUUAAAAGGACAAUUUCUCGCAAAGGAUGCACUGAGGGCAAGCACUCUAGACUACUUGUGUCUACUGAGGGAGCUGGGACUGUCUGCGGUCCAUAUGAUCAAUAAUGACGUCACUAUCCUGGCCCGUCUUGUGGAACGAAACAAGUUCCUCAUCGCCCUCAUCUUGAUCGACGUAGAGAUGAGCGUGCAGGCCUUCGCCCACCUCGUCGCCAAGGUGGUGCAGCACAAGAAACUGGAGGACUUGCGCAUUAAGACGACCGCAAUGGAACCCGAGCCAUUGUUCCACAAAGCGCUGGGUCUAAUCGGCCAGUCGCGCACCAUUUCGAGGCUGUACAUCCACGUCGACCGCGGCUUGUCAAGCCUGCUGCAGGGUCUUCUCGAAAACUCGUCCUUGAGAGAGCUAACCCUGGAGCCGACGGUCAACGACGCGAAAGUGAUGUGCGCGCUGGCCGACUUUCUGGAGAAACGGGAGUCUUGCAAUCACUUGAAAGCCUGCCUCAAUACCAGCCAGUUUCCGACUGCAUCUGGCGCGCUUGACGACCUGCAACGGAUUGUCGGCAAGAGUUCGCUGCGCGCCUUGGUGCUUUCGGGAUCAACGCUGUCGCCUCUGGCGGCCCGUCGGCUCGCCGACGGAUUGGCGGUGAGCAAAACGCUGAAGGAGCUGCAUGUGGACGACUGCCAGCUCGCGUGCGUCGACGUCCUGCCCUUCGUGGUGGCCAUCAAACGGUGCGCGGCAUUCGGACAAUUCGAAGAACUCAACGUGGGCACGGUGCUCGGCAAAGAGGACGAGCAGCGCGAGCUAAUGGGGAACAUAGUAAAGUCGGGCGUCAGCGACAAGAUCACGCUCGUCUAUAACGACUGCCUUGUGGCGCCAUUGCGGGAUGCGCUGGAAAUGAGCAUAAAGCUUGUAAAAUUUUCUCUCUCCCAUGGCGUAAAUACGGAGACUGAGCCUCUUCUGUAUGUGCUGAGAAAGACGGUGAAGACACUGAGGAGCCUGUGCAUCGACACUAUUCGAGUACUCAGUAGCCUGGGUGGCCUGUACCUAGCGCACCUCAUCCGGAAAGGCGACUCGCUCCGGGUUGUCCGACUGCGUUGCCGCACCGAGCCGAGAGCGUCGGACCUUAUCCUCAAGGCUCUAACGAGGUCCAGGAGCGUGGCUCUUCUAACAAUCGAGCGCUGGUACCUUUCCGAGAGCGUAGGGUCUGCCUUCGCCGACAUGCUGUGCCAGAACCGCAGCCUGAACCGCCUCGAGGUCUACUGGGACGACGCCGACGCUUACGAGCUUCUCAAGGACCACUUGGUGAGGGGUCUCAAGGUCAACGCGUCCGUGUCGGUUGUGAAGAUGUACCAGGGCCAGCAGCGUGACGAGGUGGCAGUAUGGGACUUCGGCAUGUUGGAGUGCUUCCGCAGGAACACGAUGAUACUGGCUUGGGUCACAGACGUCAUCCUGAGGGACGGAAUGUGUCUUGAGGCUGCCGCUGUCGCUGACUUUUUCGACGUUUGCGAUGCGCCUCUAGAUCUGUUACAGCGGACAGCCGAUUUCUCGCCACGUACGGCUACGAAUCGCAUACGCUUGGCUCGCAUGGCGACGAGGACGCAGUACUAUGCCUUGCUUUCGGCGUUUGGCGAUCGGGUCGAGUUUAAUUUAACGCCUCUCGGACGGGAGCUCUUUCAGAAUAUGCUUUAUUCUAUGCGUGACGUCGUGUCGAGCGCCACGGGUAUCUCAGAGCCGCACUUUAUGGAUAGUACAAGCUUACAAUGGGUUUGAGAGGGUUGCAACAUUUUUUGUUGUUGUUGAAAGCAGUGGCUGAAUUCUAUAGUAAACUUUAAAAAAAUUUCCCAGGUUUUCCAGCACUACGAUGUUGCUUGCCAUUUCGAUUUCGACAACUACUUAGUGCAUUUUUGUAUACAACUCCGUAUCACCUCGGAUAUUUCGUAGAAUUAUAUGUACGUGUAUACUCGGACUUGUCAAGUUUUCGGCGUAGAAGUGGUAGCAAAAGAGAAUGUGAAGUUUAGUGCUGCUAUUUCGCCUUUACAGUGACGUCGAACAUGCCUCCCGAGAUAACAUGACCGCGUCAUCCAAUAAACGUCUUUUUACUUGUCUGA